AUGUUGGACAAAAAUGAGCUGCCUAACGAUUUUCACAGGAGAGCAAAAUGGGUAAAUGCUUCCCAAUUUUACAUACUCAGGGUAGAGCCACUGGAGAUCGCAGAGUAUUAUUGGUCUAAUAUGCACCAUGUCAAGGGUCAUUACUUGACGCAUGGAAGAGAGAGGUGGUUCGAGAUUUUCGACAGGUGGUGGAGGGAGAAGAGGGUUAAUGAGGAGGAGAAUAGUAAGAGAAUCAAAUUUGCAGGUUUGACUCUGGAUUCCUGCUUUUGGGCCAAGGUGGAGGAAGCUAGAGAAUGUGUAGCUAAUGUUAGAAGUAAUUCAAGCUACGAAAAAUUGGAGGAGUUGACAGAAUUGAGAUUGGCGGUACAUCCAUUCUGGACCGCUACACAAUUUCCAAGUCUUAGAGGUGGGGAAGUAGUUCCCUAG